UAUGUGUUCAUGUGUGCAUACAUACAUGCCUUAUGUGUUUGAAUUUAGAAUGCAGGUUUUGACUGGUUAGCGUCAUAAAGGUAAUAGUCUUGGUCAUCGUGAUAUGUCAUUAGAAUUUGAUGCUUCUCUGAGGUAUAGAAUAUUUGGUGAAAAACUCUCGCGGUUAUUUUUUAUUAUGUUAGCAUUCGGUUUUUCAGGAGUACAUUGAUGAAGUUUGCGCCUGAAUGGGAAGAAUAAUUUCUCACAUCCAAUGUGUGAUGGCUGCUAUAGUUAUGAGACAAGGGAAGAAGCUUGGGAAAAAAAGAACAAGAGAAGAUCAUGAUCAGCUAAAGUUGAAUAGAGUAUACUGGAGGGAGCUACUGAUUCAGAAGAUGCUCAUCACAAAGACUUCCUUUACGCUUGUUAGACAAUAGACACCAAUUUUCUUUUCUUUCAGUUUAAUUUUCUUAUUUGUUUGGUUGUCGGAUCAGAUUAAAAGAUACCACGAACUCUCCUAAAAAAACCGGAGUAUACUUUUCAACUGCAAUAGCAGGAGCAGAUUGAUGUAUGUUUUCAUGUUCUUGAUCACAAGAUUGUGAAGCAUGAACCCGAGUAUUGGAAAUAUGUAGAGGAAGGAUAAACCUGAGAGAGACACUACUUUGCCAACCGAGAUAUGCCAGAAACUUGAAGACCAUUUGAGCUAGUGAGAUCAAUUAGAGGACCAGAUUCAUCCAAUCAUUGAUAAGUGCCAGUACCAACCUGAUAAACGAGAUACAGCAACAUCUAUGUCAGCCCACAAAGCACGAUGAGUACUUGAUCAGCCUCUUCCACAUCCAGUUUCACGAACCCGGAAAAUCUGCAUCCCAAAACAAAAUAUCGGUGCAUUCAUGCAUACAUCCAUACAUGCAUUCAUGCAUACAUCCAUACAUGCAUUCAUGCAUACAUCCAUACAUGCAUUCAUGCAUACAUCCAUACA